AUGACUACCAGUUAUAAAGCUGCAACAUCUUCAAUCGCGCCUACAACCACAACUUAUGAACCCAAGUCUACGCCAGCGAGUAACCCGGACACAUUCUCUGGGCGCAUCACUUGGUACAAUCCCUCGGUAGGAAUCGGAGCAUGUGGGACAGCCAACUCGGAUGAAGAUCAUGUUCUUGCCCUUAACUCUGCCCAAUAUCCUGGACAGUGUGGAAAAAAGAUUAAAAUCAAAGGCAAUGGGAAGGAAGUCUCUGCUACCGUCAUGGAUGAAUGCCCGACUUGCGGUCAUGGAGAUUUAGACCUCAGCCCGGCUGUCUUCAAAAGAAUCGCUGAGCUUGACGUUGGAACGCUUCCAGUCACCUGGAACUUUGUUUAG